CAGCUGUCCUUCCAGCGCCAAAACUCAAAACUAGAAGAAGCGGGAGACAGAAGAGUAUAAGGCGCGCUGUGUGGCACUGGUCUUGUGUAUUCUUCAUAACUAUGGCUACCCCACCGAAGAGAAUCUGCACCGACCUCCCCCCUUCACCCAGCUCAUCCACUUCAUCUCUAGGCAAGAAGAGCAAAAUCAAGAGGAUCUCCAUAGAGGGCAACAUCGCUGCUGGUAAAUCUACUUUUGUCUGCCUUCUCAAUAAGUGCAAUGAGGACUGGGAGGUUGUCCCUGAACCUAUAGCAAGAUGGUGCAACGUUCAAAGCUCUCAAGAUGAAUUCCAGGAGCUAACGAUGUCUCAGAAAAGUGGUGGAAAUCUACUGCAGAUGAUGUAUGAAAAGCCGGAACGCUGGUCCUUCACGUUUCAGUCCUAUGCUUGUCUCAGCCGCAUACGUGCCCAACUAAAAGCCUUUAAUGGCAAAUUAAGGGAAGCAGAAAAUCCUGUGCUGUUUUUUGAGCGUUCUGUCUACAGUGACAGGUACAUCUUUGCUUCCAAUCUGUAUGAGGCAGAAUGUCUGAAUGAAACAGAAUGGACGGUGUAUCAGGACUGGCAUGAUUGGAUGAAUUCACAGUUCUGUGCUGAUCUUGAAUUAGAUGGCAUUAUUUAUCUUCGAGCUGCACCUGAGAAAUGUCUGAACAGGAUUCAUACCCGUGGAAGGGACGAAGAACAAGGAAUUCCAAUGGAAUACCUAGAAAAACUUCAUUACAAGCACGAGAGCUGGCUUCAUCACAGGACCAUGAAGACGGAUUUUGCAUAUCUGCAAGACGUACCCAUCUUGACACUCGAUGUGAAUGAAGAUUUUAAACAUGAUAAGCAGAAGCAGGAAUGCAUGAUUGAAAAGGUUAAAGAGUUUUUAAGCACUUUAUAACAUUGUGAAGACUCGUGU